AUGGGUUCGGUGAUCAAAGCUCUAAUCUUGAUCGCUACGGUUGCAUGUCUCACCUCAGUUGCUCAUUCCAUUGCUGGCCAAGCCACUUUCUAUACUCCUCCCUACGUUCCAUCAUCAUGUUUUGGCUACCAAGAUCGUGGUGUUAUGAUUCUGGCGGCAAACAGGGGAUUGUUUGCUGGUAGAGCUGCAUGUGGGAGGAGGUAUCGUGUACGUUGCACUGGUCCAACCAACGCAGGUGUUCCACAACCAUGCACAGGAAAAAGUGUUGAUGUUACGGUUGUAGAUCUGUGUCCUGGGUGUGCAGGAAAUCAAGUUGACCUUUCUCAAGAGGCAUUUGCAGUGAUCGCUAAUCGUAAUGCUGGAAGAAUUAAUAUCCAAUAUAACCAGUAA